CGUGUGUGACGCGGCCGCUCCAUUCUCGCGAGAGCUGACGGGUGGAGGAAGCCCCGCAGGAUGGCGGCGCCCCCAGAAGAGGAGAGCCUGCAGUCUCAUAUUAACAGAGCCACGAACCCCCUGAACAGAGAGCUGCAGUGGGAGAGCAUCCAAACCUUCUGUGAGAAGCUCACCAAAGACCUGGAGGGCCCUCAGCUUGCCACCAGACUCCUCGCUCACAAGAUCCAGUCUCCACAGGAGUGGGAAGCGCUGCAGGCCCUAACGGUGCUGGAAACGUGUAUGAAGAACUGCGGCAAGAGGUUCCACAGCGAGGUGGGGAAAUUCCGCUUUCUCAACGAGCUCGUCAAAGUGGUGUCUCCCAAGUAUCUGGGUACCCGCGCCCCCGAGAAGGUCAAAUCGAAGAUCCUGGAGGUGAUGUACAGCUGGACCGUCGGACUCCCGGACGAAACAAAGAUCGCAGAUGCUUACCAGAUGCUGAAGAAGCAGGGGAUUGUGAAGGUGGACCCGGUUCUACCUGACGACAAGCCCCUCCCCCUGCCCCCCCCUCGCCCCAAAAACACCAUCUUCGAGGACGAGGAGAAGUCCAAGAUGCUAGCUCGACUUCUCAACAGCACACACCCUGAAGACCUGAGGGCUGCAAACAAGCUCAUCAAAGAGAUGGUGCAGGAGGAUCAGAAGCGAAUGGAGAAAAUGUCCAAGCGUGUGAACACCAUCGAGGAGGUGAGGAGCAGCGUGAGUCUACUGACUGAGCUGCUGAGCUCCUAUACCACAGAGACAACCUCUCCGAGCACUGAAGAGACCAUCCAGGAGCUGUACCAGCGCUGUGAGAAGCUGAGACCAACCUUGUUUCGACUGGCCAGCGACACAGAGGACAAUGAUGAAGCAUUGGCUGAGAUCCUGCAGGCUAACGACAGCCUGACGCAGGUGAUCAACGCGUACAAGCAGGUGGUUCGAGGAGAGGAGGUGAACGGGGAGAGUGGGGGAGCAGCCAGGAUAGCAGGCAGCAGCUCCGCCCUCCUCGACCUGAUGGGAUUGGACACGUCUCUGACCACGCCCUCUUACCCAGCGUUCCCCAGCCUCUCCGCGGGGCACUGGGCCCCGCCCCCAGAGGCCGGCCACUCCCUGCUCGACGACGAGCUCAUGUCGCUAGGGUUAAACGACCCCAAUCCCAGUUCAGAUGCGGCCGCCCAGUCUCUAGAAUCCAGUGGGUGGAAUUCAUUCCAGUCCUCCGACACUGUGGAGCCAGCAAUCCCAGCACACUGUGCAGCAGUGUUGAAGCCGACAGCUCCCAGCCAGGCCCCGCCCCCUGCCGGCCCCGUCCCCUCGCAGGCCCCUCCCCCUGGCAGCACCGGGCUGGACGAUCUGGACUUGCUGGGGAAGACUCUGUUACAGCAGUCUCUCCCACCAGAGAGCAUGGCAGUUAAAUGGGACAAGCAUCUGAACCAGCACAAGCCCACACUCCGGGACCUGCAGCACAGGACCCAGACCGCCGGCGCUCUCCCCAGCACCCCCUCCCCGAGCCCGGGCUCCUCCCAGCAGACCGGGGCUCUCCUGAAUUCACAGCCCAGCGGAGGAGCUCCGUCAGGGGGCCAGGGACCCCAGCCAGCCGGGGAGAUCUCUCUGGCGAACGUGACUGUCCCCUUGGAGUCUAUCAAACCCAGCAGUAUCCCCCCGGUCACAGUAUUUGACAGGCACAGUUUUCGGGUGCUGUUCCACUUCGCGCUGGACCCCCCUCCCGCUCGGCCGGACGUCCUGGUGGUGGUGAUCUCGAUGAUCAGCACGGCGCCCGUCCCGGUGCAGAACAUCGUGUUCCAGUCCGCCGUGCCCAAGGUGAUGAAGGUGAAGCUGCAGCCUCCAUCGGGCACAGAGCUGCCCGCCUUCAACCCAGUGGUGCCGCCCGCAGCGAUCACACAGGUGCUUCUGCUCGCCAACCCACACAAGGAGAAGGUGCGGAUGAGGUUCAAGCUGACCUUCACGAUGGAGGAGGAGACCUACAAUGAGGUGGGAGUCAUAGAGCAGUUCCCAGCGGCAGAGUCCUGGGGCAGCCUUUGAGAAGAUUAGACCCUCCAUCCUCCCUCUCUGUCAACACAGCUCCUUCAUUCACCCCCCUCGACACAGCCCCCUGCCGGUCUCCUCUGCACAGCACCGUCAAUCACCUGACCACAGUGCUGCCCCCUGCCGGUCUCCUCUCCACAGCGCCGUCAAUCACCUGACCACAGUGCUGCCCACUGCCGGUCUCCUCUCCACAGCGCCGUCAAUCACCUGACCACAGUGCUGCCCCCUGCCGGUCUCCUCUCCACAGCGCCGUCAAUCACCUGACCACAGUGCUGCCCCCUGCCGGUCUCCUCUCCACAGCGCCGUCAAUCACCUGACCACAGUGCUGCCCCCUGCCGGUCUCCUCUCCACAGCGCCGUCAAUCACCUGACCACAGUGCUGCCCCCUGCUGGAUGUAUUGUAGCACAGCCUCCAACAUGCUUGUUUCUUGCGUCCAUGAGGAUGGAGAAAAAUCAACUCUCUACUAGUCUUGACGGCUACAGCUCUGGCCAAAAGUUUAGCAUCACCUAGAACUUUAGGAUUGAGAUAUCAACUAUCGGAGCAGAAUUUAGAUUUUUUUAACAUCACGUAAUCAAAGAAACUACAAAAUGAUAUCGCAAAAAAAGCCAUGACAGUAGUACAGCAGCGUUAAAUGUCACAUAUAAUUGUAGACCGUUUUUUGUUAAGUAUAUGGGGAAAACUUGAAAGCUGCGUGUAAUUCAGUGUGUUAGCAUAACAUUAUCCAGCAGGUUUCAUUCAAUUUUAUGAAACAAAAUUAAUUCGUUCUAUAGGGCGAUGCAAAGCUUUUGGCCACAGCUGUACGUGGCUCUCUUGCUGUCGCUGGUGGCUUACUUUAUGUUUAACAGCCUUUGCCUGAUGUUGGUUUGGAUUAACAGCUCGCUAUGAAAAUGAAGACUUGUGAGGCAGUGGAGGGGUGUUCCCGUUCUGGGGGUGACCAACGCUGGUAUAUCCUGCACUAAAGUGGGGUGCAAGGCUUUUCGGAAGAGUCAGCUCUUUGGACGCCCCCUCUCCGGUCCUCCCUGCUCGUAUCAACUUUCCUAUCCUUGAACACUAACUGUGUGCCUAAUUGCUUUUGUGUGUGUGGGUGAGAUCUCUCGCUCGUUUCAAAACUAACUCUACAGUACAAUAAUGAAAUGAUAGAACUGGUUACUAUACACCCGAUUUAAAAUAAAAACACCUGCAACGUUGUUGGUCUCUCUCUUUUAACUUGGCUUCUGGAAAACAACACUGUGUAAAUAUUCUGUUGCACAAUCCUGUAUAUUUACAAAACCAAUGUAGUGCAAAUAUGUAUUUAUGGGAAAUAAAGGUUUUCUUUGGGUU